AUGGCAGCUUGUGCGUCGACCCUCGCGUCCGCCGCCGCAUUUCAAGGCGUCUCCGUGCCGCGCGCCGGUCCUCUCGCCGCAGAAGGUGGCUUCCCCCACUCCGUCCUUCGACGCGCAGAGUCGCUCCCCGCGCGGGGGUACCGAGCGGUGCGCGUGCGCGCGUCGUCGCGCGCGGAUGACAGCGAGGGCAGCGCGCAAAAUGGCGCGCGCGCGUCUGCGGAGCACCCUCUCCGCGCGAAGCUCCUCUCCCGCCGCAGGCUUUUCGCCCUCGCGGGGCCUUUCGCGCUCGCGCUCGCCGGUUUUCCGCGGAUCGCCCGCGCGGAAGGAGAAGGUGCUGACGUGGCAGUGCUGGAUGCGCCUGCUGAGCCCGCCAUUGUGGAGCCAACGCUGACGUCAGACGCAGUCAUUUCAGCAGAAGCGUCAAACGCGAAUGCUGCGCCUCAGCAGGAGUUGAAGGAGCAGGCGGAGGGGCAGCAGCAGGCGUUUGGCGGCGCGUGGCUGGGCGCGGCGCUGCUGGGCGCGGCGCCAGCUGGCGCGCUGGGAUUCGUGCUGCGAGGGGAGCGCGCGCAGCGGGAGGCGGUGGAGGGUGACCUGGCGAAGGUGCGUGUGGGACAUCAGAUAUGCUCGUUAUUCCUCUCAUCUCACACUCCAUCCUUCCCCCCUUCUCCCCCUCCUCACUCGCAGGCGCGGGCAGCGCUGGCAGCAGCGGAGCGAGCAGCGAAGGAGGCGGAGGGGGUGAAGGCGGAAGCAGCAGCGGCGGCGGCGGCGGCAGCAGCAGCAGAGGCGCGCGUGGGGGAGGCGGAGAGGGCUCGGAGGGAGGUGGAGGGGAAGAUAGGGGAAGAGGCGGAGAGAACCAAGCGGGCGGAGGAGAAGGCGGGUCAGCUAUCCACGCAGCUCUCCCAGCGGCAGCAGCAGCUGGCAGCAGCACAGGCGGAGGCACAGUCAGCAGCAGGAGCCGUCUCAGCCGCCCAAAAGGCGGCUGCCGGCCUUGCUGCCGACCUGGAAGCUUCCAGGAAGGAGCGCGAGGCGCUUCAGCAAGAGCUGGUAUCUGGGCGGGUGAAGCUGCAGCAGAAGAUUGGUGAGGCGGUUACCGCAAAGGGUGACGUGGCACGGUUACAAGGGAGGGUGAAGGAGCUGGAGCAGCGUGAGAAGGAUGCGGCUGCUGAGCUGGAUGCCAAGUCAGCGCAGCUGAAGGAGAGUGCUGACAUGGAGGCCCAGCUGCGUGCCGAGCUGGCGGAUGCUCAGGGUGCGCUGGCGAAGGUUGAGAGUGACGUGGCAACCCUGCAGGCUGAGCUGGCAGAAGAGAAGAGCACGUUGCAGAAAAAGGAGGAGGAAAUCCAAUCUCUGCAUGCUGACGUGGAAUCAACCAAUGCCAGCCUGGCAGCCGCCCACGAGUCCCUCGAGUCGCUCCGAAACGAUCUGGCCUCUGCUCGGGAGGAAGUUUCCCAGAAGCAGCAGGCUGUAACCCAGCUGGAGCUCGACGCUGAGACCCUCAAAGGCGCUGUCCGGGCAGCUGAACGGGCAGCCGAAGAAGCCCGCAGCGAACUCUCCGCCGCCCAGAAAUCUCUCACGGAUCUCCAGCAGCUAGCAGACGACGCGGAGGCCGGAAAGCGGGCGGCGGAAGACGCACUGGAGCGGGAGCAGCGGGCGGCAAGCGCCGCCGUCCAGGAGCUACAGAUGCAUUUGGCAGCAUUAGGGCGGGAGAGGGAGGUGGUGGGGCGGCUGAAAAAGGGCGUGGAGGAGGCGGGGAGGGUGGUGGAUGCGCUUCAGGGGGAGACUGAGGCGCUCAGGGCGGAACUGGGGGAGGUGCAGAGGCGGGAGAGGGAUGGGGAGGAGGCACGGCGGGGAUUGGAGUCCCAGCUGGAAUCUCUCUCCGCUGAUCUGGCGGCCGCUCGGGACGAGGCCGCCAGGCUGGCGGUGGAGAAGGAGACUGCUGACGUCAGCAGGGCGUCAGCAGAGCAGAAGGCGCAGGAGGUGCAGCAGCAGCUGGACAGCACGUUUGAUGAGGUUUCAAGGCUGAAGGGCCAGGUGACACAAAUGACCCGUGAGCUAGAGGCGGGGGAGAAGAAGUUUGAGGCGAUGCUGGAGGUGAGGGCAGAGGCAGCCAUGCUGGUGGAGGCUCUGGAGGACCAGGCUUACGCCGAGGCCAAGGAGAACAAGAAGCUCAAAAAGCGGAAUGCUGAGCUGGAGGAGUCCAGCAAGGCGGCAGCAGCGGUGGCGGAGGAGCUGGAGACGGUGCGGGCUCAGCUGAACGCCGUACAGCAGGGUCGCAUGGUGGGGUCUAAGAGCGAACAGGGGGAUGCGCAGGCAUGA